UUCAUCAGCACCAUGGCAUUCCUUUGGCUUGUGUCCUGCUUUGCCCUUGUGGGAGCCACCUUUGGCUGUGGGGUCCCUGCCAUCCAACCCGUGCUGACCGGUCUGUCCAGGAUCGUCAACGGAGAGGAUGCUAUCCCUGGCUCCUGGCCCUGGCAGGUGUCCCUGCAGGACAGAACUGGCUUCCAUUUCUGUGGGGGCUCCCUCAUCAGCGAAAACUGGGUGGUCACUGCUGCCCACUGCGGGGUCAAGACAACCGAUGUGGUGGUAGCUGGAGAGUUUGAUCAGGGCUCCGAUGAAGAGAAUAUCCAGGUCCUGAAUAUCGCCCAGGUUUUUAAGAACCCCAAGUUCAACUCCUUCACCGUGCGUAAUGACAUCACCCUGCUGAAGCUGGCCACUCCUGCCCAGUUCUCUGAGACUGUGUCUGCCGUGUGUCUGCCCACUGUUGACGAUGACUUCCCUGCUGGGACACUGUGUGCCACCACUGGCUGGGGCAAGACCAAAUACAAUGCCCUCAAGACCCCUGACAAGCUGCAGCAGGCUGCCCUGCCCAUCGUGUCCGAGGCUAAGUGCAAGGAGUCCUGGGGUUCCAAGAUCACGGAUGUGAUGAUCUGCGCAGGCGCCAGUGGCGUCUCUUCCUGCAUGGGUGACUCUGGUGGCCCCCUCGUGUGCCAGAAGGACGGAGUCUGGACCCUGGCAGGCAUUGUGUCCUGGGGCAGUGGUUUCUGCUCCACUUCCACCCCUGCCGUGUAUGCCCGAGUCACUGCCCUCAUGCCCUGGGUUCAGGAGAUCUUGGAAGCCAACUAAGUACACGGUCCUUUCCUCUUUCCUCCUCCUCCCCCUCCGUGCAUCUACAAUAAAAAUCAUCUAAUUAGAA